AUGAGGCUCUCGCUCUCCUUGCAGUGGUGGCUCGUAUGCCUAUUCGCCUGGAGAAUAGCCGCCGACAACAAGACACAACCCAUCUCCAUCUUUCGAUCGAGACCGGAUCUAUUUGCUCCCAUUCUCAGCGUCUUUCAACGACAGCCAGAGAAACUUGCGCCGGGCUAUUACUUUGUCGCUCCGUAUCAAGCAGCCCAGGAAGGCAUCCACAUAUAUGAUAAUGAUGCGAACUUGAUAUUCUCGGGCUUUGGCAGCGCUGGUCCCGGUGUCUCUCACGCGCCUCAGACAUGCAUGUACAAAGGCGAGAUCCACCUAUGCUUCUAUCAGGGCGUGCAAAUGCUUGGUUGGGGCCACGGCCAUGGCCUCAUCAUGGAUAAACACUAUCGCAUCGUCAGGUCUAUUGAGCCGGGCAGCUACCAGGCCUCUUCCGACAUGCACGAAUUCAGGGUUAUCAAUGAAGGGAAGCAGGCACUGAUGACCCAGUACCUUCGCAGCGUCUACGAUAUGUGUCCCUGGAAUCUAUGCGAUGGUCUCGGCUACAUCCAGCAAGGAGCGUUCCAGGAAGUCGACGUCGACACGGGAGAAGUUCUGUUCGAAUGGCACAGCCUGGACCAUGUCCACCCGAGCGAGAGUUGGGUUGGACCGAGCACCACCGAGAUCAGUGGAACGGGAGAGCACCCUGACAGUCCCUGGGAUUACUUCCACAUCAACUCCAUCGACAAGAACAAGGAUGGCGACUACCUGAUCUCGGCCCGCCACACCUCGGCCGUGUAUAAGCUCUCGGGAGUGGAUGGCCACGUCAUCUGGCGCCUGAAUGGAGCAAAAUCGGAUUACGCACUCGAGGGGUUCCAGUUCUCGUCUCAGCAUGACGCCCGUUUCAUCUCCGAUAACGAAACGCACACGGUGCUCUCCCUGUUCGACAACGGUACCAAUGGCUUCAACCAGACCCAGCCGCAUUCGACUGGCCAGAUAAUCAUCUUGGACCACCGGACGAAAGUGGCGACGUGUAUCUUGAACCUUGACCCGCCGUUCGUCGACGGCCACGCACACAUCUCCAAAUCUCAGGGCAACAUGCAAAUCCUCCCCAACGGGGGCAUCGUCAUGGGGUGGGGCAACGACGCCUUCUGGACCGAAUACGCGCCGGACUCGUACGAGAUCAUCUUCUACGGUGCGCUUGCGUGGACUAACACAAUGAACUACCGCGUGCACAAGUUCGACAACUGGGUGGGCAUGCCGCUGACCAAGCCUGCUCUGUGGACGUACUCGAAGGACGGACGGGAAAUGAUGAUCUAUGCCUCGUGGAACGGAGCCACGGAGGUCAAGUCGUGGCGAUUUUACGGCGGCGAAUCCAAGCAGGGCCCGUGGGAGGAAAUCACCACGGUGCCCAAGAAGGGGUUUGAAACCAUCUACCGGCACGCCGGAACGUACACGUACUCAUACGCGGAAGCACUCGACAAGGAUGGCCAGGCGCUGGGCGCCUCGGCCGUCGAAUCGACCUUCAUCCCCAACGAGCAACUACGGGAGUACUGCGACGACAUCGCCUGCCGGUUCAUGCCGAGCCCCGCACAGCGCAAGGAAGAGCAAGCGGCCAAGCAGAACCAGGAGCAACAGGACAAGCUCAACGAGGACCAGGAGAAGCUGGAAGUCGAACGGCAGCGGGCCGAGAAGAUCAAGAACGCCGAGAUUUUCGGGGGCGCCUUCGCCGGUAUCGCCGUGUUCAUCAUCCUCAUCGUCGUACUGGCGACGAGGAAUUUCGUCUCGCGGCCGGUCCACAUCCUGGCACACAAUGUGUACAGGGCGGUCAAGAGGAAAACAGGGAGAGAGGUGGGCGUCGGCGCCGGCUACAAGGCGCUGUCGUUGGAAGAGCAGGACGGAGACAGGGCGCCGAUGAUUACAGACCCAUCAUGA